AUGGGCAAACCGGCAGACUUUGCAGACAUACUCAAUGGAGUCAUGUGGUUUCAGGUCUUUCUCGCUACCCUCUUCAUUGCACUGCGCCUCUACACCCGGCAGUGGAUUGUACGAAACUUCGGAUGGGACGAUAUAUUGAUGUUGGUCAACUUGGCUACUUUUGUAGGUUAUGUAGCCUGCAUAUCCAUCGGGGUCAACUACGGAGUUGGGAAAAGGACGGCUGACAUUAUCCGUCUCGACCUUGACUACUCCAAAGCCAUCAUGUGGGAAGCGAUAGGCCAGGGAAUAUGCAUCAUGGGAAUCGCUGCCUCCAAAGGUUCAGUGGCGCUCUUUCUCUUACGCAUCGUUGUCAAGCAGUGGCAUGUCGGCAUCCUCUGGUUUUGCAUAGCAAGCACUACCAUAUUGUGCGUCAUUACAACGGCGCUCCUGUACGCCCAGUGUAUACCCACAGCGUUUCUGUGGGACCGUACAAUUGAAGGUGGCCACUGUUGGCUCAACUUCACUCCGGUCGGUCUGACCAUGGGUGCUUGGUCCGCCUCCAUGGACUUUGUUCUUGCCAUCCUUCCCUGGCACGUUCUCAUGGGCCUCAACAUGAAGCACAAGGAGAAGAUUACCAUCGCAUCCGGUCUUUCACUUGGCAUCUUCGCUGGUGCAUGUUCUAUUGUUCGCACCAUUGAGCUGCAAUCGCUUGCGUCUAUGGAGAAUUACGUGUACGAUACUGCUAGCAUGCUUCUUUGGUCUUCUUCAGAAGUCUGCAUGACCAUUGUCUGCGCAUGUAUUCCCGUCCUCCGCCCUUUAUAUGUACGUGUCAAGUAUGGCUCGCGCGGCGAUUCGUCAAAUAAGGACUCGUAUCACCUCAAGGAAUACUCAAAGUCGAAAAGCAGCCGUGGAGAUGGGAGUCAGCCUAGAAACAAGAUAUACAUGGGCCCUGGAGAGAGUGUGUUGCAGACGACUGUCCGUAUGGGCAGCGAUGCUGCAAGUGAAGAGACUAUUCUGAGAGAUUGCAACGAAUCGAGAUACAAUGGGAGUGCAUGGGACCAGCUUUCAAGGACAAAAGAACCGAAAGACAUCCAUGUCAGCACGACGGUUACUUCAAGAGACCAUUAUGUUUGA